AUGGCGACACGGAGCUUCCUGCCGCUCACCCCACCGGAGAAGGAAAGGCUCUCGACCCGGCUGAAGAAGACGUGGAAGCCGCAGCUCUUCUUCCGGGAGCUCUACAGCGAGAUCCUGGACAGGCGGCUCAUCGUCACGGUGACCAUGCGGACGCUGGACCUGAUCGACGCCGCCUUCGGCUUCGACUUCUACAUCCUCAAGACACCCAAGGCGGAGCUGUGUUCCAAACUGGGCAUGGAUCUGAAGCGCACCAUGCUCCUCAGGCUUGCUCGCCGCGAUCCUGCUCUCCAUCCAGAUGACCCUGCAAGGAGAGAGGCGGUCUAUGAGAAAUACAAGGAGUUUGUCAUCCCUGAGGAGGAGGCAGAAUGGGUUGGGCUGAGUUUGGAGGAAGCGGUAGAAAAGCAGCGGCUCCGAGAGAAGAAGGACCCGGUUCCCCUCUUCAAGGUCUACGUAGAAGAACUGGUGCAGCAGCUCCAGGAGCAGAAACUAUCCGAACCAGCCAAUGAGCAAAGGAACUGACAAGGGGCAGGCGGGGGCGGGGCAGGCGGGACGUGUCUCUGAGUUCUUGGCAGCCCAUGAGACGGGAUGUCUGGAGGAGACUGGAUCGUGUCGGAAUUCUCCAGGCAAAGGAGAGGAGCGGCUGUGCCCAGCAUCAGACUGUGACAAAGGGUGUCUGCAGGUACGUGCCCUAGGGGAGGGCCCGACUCUCUUCACCUGCGUUUUCCUCCUCCGUUAAGGAAGCUUUUGCAGAGCACCAAUAAAGGGUAUGCCUUC